AUGUUUGAAGCUUUGGUUGUAGCUCUGUUGUUCUCUGUUCUUAACUAUGGAAUCAACAGAGCCACAGCAAGUGGUGAUGGAGAUUUCUUCCAUAACUGCGCACCAUCAAGGUGCAGCGAAGAAGGCACAGAGAUCCGAUUUCCGUUCCGCCUUGCAACCAGCCCCCAAUCGUGCGGAGCACCUGGCUUGGAGCUAGCAUGUUCUAGGGAAGCAGAUACCAUCCUACUUCACCCAAUUCUUGGACUAUGCAAGGUCACUGCAAUUGACUACAGGUAUGGUGGCCUAAAUGUCAUCCCGCUUGAAGAAUCAUGGACUAGGUGCCCGCUUCAGAAGAUCUCUACCACCAAUCUAUCAACUAGUGUAUACAUACCUGACAGUUACGGAGGUGAAAUUGCAAACCUGGUACGCUGUUCAAGAGAGUUGAUACCAACGGAGAAGACCGGUACAAGACCAGGUCUGGGGGACAGUAUUGUUGGCCCAAUCUCUUGCCUGAGCAACACAAGCCAGUUCAUAUAUUUGAUGGACGGCAGUGAACCAAUGUAUAUUCUUCCCUUAGACUGCACAGUGGUUUCAAACGGUAUUUUGAUGCCGGCAGAUUAUGAUAUCAAAUCUACUAUGUUAUUCACCGACAGAGCCAGAAGGGUCAUUGCAUUUGGUGAGACAACCUUGACUUGGUCAGUUCCUAACAUGACCGACAUUUGUCUAGACUGCGAGCGAAACGGGCAUUCCUGCGGAUUCAGCUCACAACGCAGGCAAGCAUUCUGCAAGCGCCAAGGUUCACGUGUGAAAGUCAUUGCAGCAACAUCAUCGGUAGCCACAUUUGUGGUUCUCUUGUUGACGGCAGCCACAGCACUCUAUCGAUCCCUGAAAUCAAAGGUUGAUGAAGAGGUACGUUUGAAAAUCGAAAUGUUUCUCAAGGCAUAUGGCACAUCAAAACCAACAAGGUACACAUUCUCUGAAGUUAAAAAAGUAACAAGGCGAUUCAAAGAUAGACUGGGUCAGGGUGGAUUUGGAAGCGUAUACAAAGGUCAGCUGGCAAAUGGAGUACCUGUGGCAGUAAAGAUGCUGGAGAACUCAAAGAGCGAUGGAGAAGAAUUCAUGAAUGAAGUUGCAACCAUUGGUAGAAUCCACCAUGCUAAUGUGGUCCGUCUCUUGGGAUUCUGCUCAGAUGGAACAAGGCGUGCUCUUAUCUAUGAAUUCAUGCCUAACGGAUCACUUGAGAAGUAUAUAUUUGCAGAUGAAUCAGAUAUUUGUCGAGAGCUAUUAGCACCUAACAAAAUGCUGGAGAUAGCAUCAGGCAUUGCACGAGGAAUUGAAUACCUGCAUCAAGGGUGCAAUCAGCGCAUCCUCCAUUUCGACAUCAAGCCUCACAACAUCUUGCUGGACUACAGCUUCAGUCCAAAGAUUUCAGAUUUUGGGCUUGCAAAGCUGUGUACAAGGGAUCAUAGCAUCGUCACACUGACUGCAGCUAGAGGAACAAUGGGUUACAUUGCGCCAGAACUAUAUUCUCGGAACUUUGGGAGAAUAUCCAGUAAGUCCGAUGUCUAUAGCUUUGGCAUGCUGGUGCUGGAAAUGGUGAGCGGUAGGAGGAACUCGGAUCCAUGGAUUGAGAACCAAAACGAGGUUUACAUCCCAGAAUGGAUAUAUGAGAAAAUAAGCACGGAGCAAGAACUGGAAUCAUCAAGGGAAAUGGCGCAAGAAGAGAAGGAUACAGUAAGGAAGCUGGCCAUUGUGGCACUGUGGUGCAUUCAGUGGAACCCAAAAAAUCGCCCGUCCAUGCUCAAAGUGUUGAACAUGUUAACAGGAACCUUGCAGAGUUUAACGAUGCCCCCCAAGCCAUUUGUUUCGUCUCCGGGCCACCCCAUGCCGCAAAUCUAGAGAUUUGUUUCACAGCAAUUCUGAAUGUAUUUAUU